UUUCAGUGUAAUUAAUUAUGUCCAUGAGAUAAUGACAAAUAUAAAUAACACUAGAUCCUACGUAGUGGCAGUCGUCACUCACCAUGAAGCUCCUUGUCGCGUUGAUUCCACUCGUGGCAUUAUGCACUGGCAAUGCUGUCCCUAUGGUACCAGGGGACAAUAGCCACUAUGUAGAGGGAGAAAGCCGCUAUAUAUGGAUGCCUGAUGGUGAUGGCGUUCCUCACCUAGUAGAUCUCGAAGCUCCUGUUCCUCCAGAAGCAGCUGACUCCAGAAAUGGCGCGAAUAACGCUUACUGGCUGUUCACUAGAAAUAACCCUAACAAUGCUCAAGUGAUUGUACAAGGAGAUGCUAACACGAUCUGGAAUUCUAACUACGUAGCAAGCAGACCUUUAAUUGUCAUCGUACACGGUUGGAACGGCAAUGGAAAUUCUGCAAUCAACCCAUUGGUUCGAGAUGCUUACCUAGCUGUCCAAGAUGCUAAUGUCAUCGUCGUCGAUUGGCGUGGAAGCGCUGGUGGUCUCUACACGACUUCUGUCUGGGCCGUGCCCAGCGUAGGCCAGUUCCUUGGCGAUUUCCUUACCUGGCUCAUCGAGACUGCUGGUGGAAACUGGAAUAAUGUCCACUUAAUUGGAUUCAGUUUGGGUGCCCAUGUUGUAGGCAAUGCUGGUCGUCAUACUGGUGGGAGGCCUGCCCGCGUUACUGGUUUGGACCCAGCUGGACCUCAAUGGGGAGGUAACUCUAAUGCCCUCAAUACCGAAGCUGGACAGUACGUUGAAGCUAUCCACACCGACGGCGGUUUGCUCGGCAUCUUCGACCGCAUUGCCCACGCUGACUUCUACCCCAAUGGUGGGAGGAACCCCCAGCCUGGUUGUUGGAUCAGCACCUGCUCUCACAGCCGUGCCUAUGAAUUUUUCGCUGCCACAGUUCAAUUCAACCACCUAGUCGGGCGUCUGUGCGGCACUCUCCAACAAGCGCAGAGCGUACAAUGCACUGGAAGCAAUUUAAAUAUGGGCAAUGGAGUUCUUACUAAGCGAGGAGAUGGUAUCUACGCAUUGGCGACUGGCAACAGCUGGCCUUUUUAAAUACAUAUUUAAAGCAGUUAAA